GUGGUAUUUAUAUAAUAAGAAGUUAUAUAAUUUUAUGUUAUAACCUUUUUGGUGUUUUGGUUCUUUAUGAAAAAGAAAUAGAUUGUCAGUAGUUUUGAAAUUGGUUCUCAAUAAAAUGGCUUUUCCUUGCGUAUUUUAAUAAUUUGUAUUAAAAUAUUACAAUUGGCGACGAGGAUACUUACCCUUUGCGUGAUUUAAAAAAAGUAACAAUUAUGUCGAAAAUUAUUGGAAAUUUAAAUAGUUUUGAUCACAAGGAAAAUGACUGGAAGAUUUUUUUUGGCAAAUUGAAUAAUUUUAUUAAGUUGAACUGUAUUAAAAAUGAAAAUUUGUGUGCUAUUCUCUUAACUCAUCUCUCGGAUGAGUCAUAUCGGCUUGUACAAAACCUCGUUCAUCCAAGACAAGUCGAAGAAGUAUCGUGGGAUGAGUUGAUUAAGUUAUUGGACGGCCAUUUCACUCCAAAACGCUCAACGUUUGCUGAUAGAGCAAAAUUUUAUGACGCAACCAGAAAUGAUGGUGAGAGUCUAGAAGAUUGGGUAGCGCGCUUACGAGGACUAGCAAUAUACUGCGACUUUGGAACGGAGUUGGAGACGCUUUUGCGUGAUAAAUUUAUUCUUGGGCUCAAAAUGGGACCAGAAAGAAAUCGUUUAUUUGAACAAGAUUUAAAAUCGCUAACGCUCUCUAAAGCGUUAGAAAUAGCUCAACAGGUUUCAUGUGCUCGCGCUGCGCGUGCUUCUGUUGGUGUCAUAGAGCAGCCGGUCAAGCAGGAGCAUGUGUAUCGAGCUGGUGAGCGUCAAGCAUACAAGGUGCAAACUACGUCGCGGUCGUCAACAGACAUUCGAUGUUUUGUUUGCGGAAUGAAGAAUCAUCUUGCAGACAAAUGCCGUUUUAAAGACUACCGUUGUAUUAGUUGUGGUGAAAAAGGUCACCUGAAGAAAAUGUGUAGCGUUAGGAAGAAUAAAGUUCUUCUAAACAAUGUAGUUGCUAUGGGAGACCACAAUAACGUUUGUAAGGAAUGCGAUUUGUUUAAUGUGAGCACAAAAGCCUGUGACGACCAUGCAGGACAAUCCUGUAAAUUCUGAAAGGGAAGGGGAAGAAGAUGGUGACAAAUGGGAGGAGGCUAGGGAAAAUGUUGCAGAUAUGGAUAGCGUAACAUCUGAUAAACCAGAGUCUAAGAGUCCUUCCAAGGUAGCUUUAGUGCCAGAUGAAUCAGUCUCCAAGAGUCCUUCUGAGAAUAUACAUUCUGAACCGGAUGAUCAAAUGAACGAUAAUAUUGGGGCUCUUGGGCGGACACUUAGACCAAAGCGUAAUGUAGAUUACAAGAAAUUUUAUUUUAUUACUUAAUUAUAUUUGUGCUAUUGUGAUGUUACAGUUCUAAAAUUAAUGAGGAAGGAAUGUGGUAUUUAUAUAAUAAGAAGUUAUAUAAUUUUAUGUUAUAACCUUUUUGGUGUUUUGGUUCUUUAUGAAAAAGAAAUAGAUUGUCAGUAGUUUUGAAAUUGGUUCUCAAUAAAAUGGCUUUUCCUUGCGUAUUUUAAUAAUUUGUAUUAAAAUAUUACAGAAAUACAACAGAAAUGCUUGAUAAAUAGGACAGUAUUCGUUUACAUCACAUUUUGUUCCGUAUUUAGGCUAUAAAUAAGUCAAAGGCCUAUAACAAUUUCACUAUUAGUUCCUAAAUUGUCUGAAAAGUACAAUAAGUACAGUUAUGUUUCGUGGUUGUCGAAUCAUUAAAUGGUGUCUGUUAAUUGGUUGUUUGUUUUCGGAUGUGAAACUUAAUUGGUUCUUCGGUAUUCCAGGAAAUGUACGUUUAUACCAAGGUUGAGUUUAAUAUUGUUAUUUUUUUGUGAAUGGCGGGUUUUAUAAAUAAAGGAGAAUGUAGGAGAAGAAGGAGAAGGCUUUCUUGUCAUUGGUAGCGUCGCAUUCCAGCUUGUUGUUAAUGAUACUUUUUAUACUUUGCUAAUGACGAUUCACGGUGGUUUACCGUGUUUACUUACUAGUAAACAAUACUUUGUAGUAAUUUAAAAGGAACUCUGAACCUAGUCAUCCAUCACGUAAGAGUAGGUACUGACAUUGAACCUGUACCAAACGCUUUGACUUAUUCACUACGGUAGAUUCGUUAAUCUAGUUUCUAGACGAAUAUGUUUGUUUUGGACAUUGAAUAAAUUAAUGCGAGAAUACGUGGAAGCGAA